AGGGGAUGGGCCUCAGCAUCCUGAGCUCCAGAGAGCACGGCUGGGCCCCUGGCACUCCCACCUCCUCAAAGCCAUGAGGCAAGAGUGUUCUCCUUAUGUGACUAGGCACAGGUUCCAAGUGGGGAGGGGACUGGCUCAGCAUCCGGAACCAAAAUAGGAAUAGAACUGGGAGCUGAGCCUGGAGCGGUUCUGGGCUUUGGUUCUCCGCAUCAACACAGCCAGCAUGCCUAUGAUUUCUGUGCUGGGCAAAAUGUUUCUGUGGCAGCGUGAAGGGCCUGGAGGACGAUGGACUUGUCAGACAAGUCGCAGAGUGGCCUCGGACCCUGCGUGGGCUGUGGAGUGGAUCGAACUUCCUCGGGGCCUCUCUCUGUCUUCCUUGGGAUCUGCUCGGACCCUCCGAGGUUGGAGCCGGUCCUCCCGCCCUUCCUCCGUGGACAGCCAGGACUUGCCAGAGGUGAAUGUUGGAGACACAGUCGCGAUGCUGCCCAAGUCCCGGAGAGCUCUAACUAUCCAGGAGAUCGCUGCUUUGGCCAGAUCCUCUCUGCAUGGUAUUUCCCAGGUGGUGAAGGACCACGUGACCAAACCCACCGCGAUGGCUCAGGGCCGAGUGGCUCACCUCAUUGAGUGGAAGGGCUGGAGCAAGCCGAGUGACUCACCUGCUGCCCUGGAAUCAGCCUUUUCUUCCUAUUCAGACCUCAGUGAGGGUGAACAAGAAGCUCGUUUUGCAGCAGGAGUGGCUGAGCAGUUUGCCAUUGCAGAGGCCAAGCUCCGGGCAUGGUCUUCGGUGGAUGGUGAGGACUCCACUGAUGAAUCCUAUGAUGAGGACUUUGCUGGGGGAGCUGAUUCAGACUUGGCUGGGCAGCUGCCCCUGGGGCCCCACCUUCAGGACCUCUUCACUGGCCACAGAUUCUCCCGGCCUAUCCGCCAGGGCUCCGUGGAGCCUGAGAGCGACUGCUCACAGACCGUGUCCCCAGAGACCCUGUGCUCUAGUUUGUGCAGCCUGGAGGAUGGCUUGCUGGGCUCUCCAGCCCGCCUGACCUCCCAGCUGCUGGGUGAUGAGCUGCUCCUUGCCAAACUGCCCUCCAGCCGGGAAAGUGCCUUCCGUAGCCUGGGCCCAUUGGAGGCCCAGGACUCACUCUACAACGCGCCUCUCAUGGAGUCCUGCCUUCCCUCCGCCGAGGAGGAGCGAGCCCCCUACAAGGACUGCCAGCCGCUUUGCUCACCACCAGUGGGCAGCUGGGAACCGCAGCGGAAAGCCUCUGAUGUAGCUGCUUCUGGGGUGGUGUCAUUAGAUGAGGAUGAGGCAGAGCCGGAGGAACAGUGACCCAAAUCAUGCCUGGUGAUGGCAUGCGCCCCCUGGCUGCUGCUGGGGGCACAGCCUCCACGCCCAAGUGCGGGUGGAAGGCUUCCAGCGGAGCUCCAAAGCCUAGAGGGCUCCUGGGAGCGCUCGCUCACUCCUCUGUUGUGUGUUUUGCAUGAAAGUGUUUGGAGAGGAGGCAGGGGCCAGGCUGGGGGGUGCAUGUCCUGCCCCCACUCUUGGGGUUUGCCGGGGGUUGCCCGGGGCCCCUCGGGCAUGGCUACAGCUGUGGCAGAGAGUGAUGUUCAUGUUCUUAAAAACGCCACAUACACAUUUCCUCCUCAGAUGUGAACCCCAAGGGAGGGUGGUUGUGACUGGUCUGUGUGGGGUAGAGUGGGAGGGCGCCUGGCCUCCUCCCAUGUUCCCAUUCCUCUCUUCUGCUACUUUCCACCUCUGAGUCCACGUGCAGUGCUUGAUAGAAUCACCCCUAUCUGGGGCAGGGGGCAGGGGCUGGCUCUUACCCUCCUGGAGCCUAUGGAUUGAGCCAUCCCCCAAGGUCCCCUUGCCUAACUGGGCUCGUGCUGUGCUUCACCUCUCCAUCAUCUCUAAAUCUUCUUUUUCCUAAAGAAAGAGGGGUUUUGGUCUGUUCUUUCAGUUGGAUCUUCUCUGGGAAGCACUGGAAUAAUGAAAGCAUGUGCCCGUCACCCUUUGCCUGCCCCCACCUCAGCCCUUUACCAGCCUUCGGUAGGAUGUGCGGUCAGGGUCCUGGCAACACGCUGGGCUACCCCAUUCACUGAGUUCUCUUUAGGGUGGAGUUGAGAAGGGAUGGCUCUGGUUGCCACAGAGCUGUGACUCUGAUGUUCUUAAGAGAGAGCCACAAGGGGGCCACAUGGUGGCUGGGCAUUUGUCUGCUGAUUGCCUGAGUAGGGCAGGAAUUGUGCCAAUUAGUGAAAGUCAUGAGGGAGGAGUGUCCCUCCUUGGGGAGGAAUGAGGGUAGUGCCUUUCUUGGCUGAACAAAAGGCCAAAGCUACAGUACUGGGGGCCUCUGCUCCAGCCAGGGUGUUGAUGACCAGGCAGUGGGGGUCUCUGUAGAUCCUGUACUCUACCAACAGCAGGCUCUCGAGUUUUACAACUUGGGGGUGGGGGGUAUGGGUGCCUGCAGAAUUCAGAGCCUUGUAGGCUUUGGCUGGUAAGAGGACCCAGGUAAGGACAAGAGCCGAUGGGCACAGGCAUUCUAUAUAUAAGUGGCUCACUAGGUAUUUAUUUUGUUCUAUGUAAGAAUUUGUUUUAUUAAAUUAAUAUAAAAAUCUU